UUCAGACCGGUUAAUUGGAACCAGUUCAAGAAACCCGGUUCAGACUGGUUAUUUGGAACCGGUUCAAAAAACCCGGUUCAGUUCAGUUCUACUAUUAGAACCGGAGUUAUAGAACUGAAACCUAACUGA